AUGCCGACGCGGUUGGUGAGCGCGAGGACGUACGAGAGCGAACCGGCGAGAGGGACGCCGGUGAGCGCGAUUGAGACGCGACCGCGACCGCAGACGAUCGCGCGCGCGCAGGGCGGCGUGUUCGCGUUCGUGUCGCCGAUGUUCGCGGACAUGGAUGAUCCUCAAGUGCGCGCGGUGAUGGAACGGGAGUUCGCGCGCGAGUUGGGGUUGCCCGAGGGCGAACUGCCGGUGGAUUUGGAGCACUUCAUGCUGGCGCGACAGUUGAGUCGCGUGGUGCGUUUGUUCGCGUUGAUCGAUAUGGUGUUGUGCGUGUUGUACGCGCUGAGCGGGGUGAGCGUGAUCGCGGUGUUACUCAUAGGCCCGCUCGCUGGGUUCGUGGGGGCGCGCAUGUACAGUCCAGGGCUCACCGCUUGUUACGUGGCGUUUUGCGUGGCGUCCAUCGUUUGGCGAAUUUUGAAUUUCGUCUUUAUGAAAAAUGUCACCGCGCGCGUGCUGUCGGUGAUCACCAUCAUCUUAGCGACGUACAUCACGCGAUUGGUGAUUCGGUUUUAUCACGUCGUGCGCGUGAUACCGCUCGAGGGACAAAUUUUGCUUCGGCAACUCGACUUCGCGAACUCGGCGGCGCCCGUGGUCUAA